AUGGACGAAAAGCAUGAGCCUGAAUGCGUCCCGCUUGUUACGAGUGAGUUGGAAUACAGUCGGUAUUGGGUUGUCGACGAUGAAGGCAAAAAGUCCAAGACUCCAUAUUCCUCCAUAUGUCUCUGGCUUCUUCUCCUUGAGUUGGCUAAUGUGGCCUUUUUUAUUGGUGGAUACUUUAUUCUGAUAAAAGCAAGAGAACAACAUCAGCCUCAAUUGGAUGACUGUGAGCCCCGCGAGAGUGGAAGCUUUUACUAUGAGACUUGGGACGACAUGGCCUGGCACCAUGGCAUUGUGUCCGUCACCGAAGAGUGGGCAGCUCAGCAUGGCUUACCCCCGAGUGCACCCACCCCCGAUACACCAGGAGAACUGGUCUAUCAAGUGGAUGGCUUUCAUGCUAUGCACUGUUUGCACAUGAUCCGAGAGAACUUGCUGGAAAAUUAUCACUUUGAUCACCACACGGGGCACUGCCUGGAGUAUUUACGCCAUACACUGAUGUGCAACCUGGAUAUCACACUCGCUGGCAUGGAUAAGGACAAUCUGUUCGGAGCUGAGUCGAGUUAUGCGGUUCAUACCUGCCGAGAUUAUGACGCCGUUGUUCGUUGGAGUGUGGCCAACGAGUGGAAGAAUCUCUUAGAAUGGGUUGUAAAUAAUCAAUAG